AUGCCGGGCAAGCCAGAGGCAUCGUCGUCCGCCGACGCCAACAAGCCGGCCUCGGGCUCGUUCAAGCACGUCGGCAACAAGAUCAAGCGCACCGAGCUGUACCGCAAGUACAAGGCCGAGAAGCGCAAGUCGAAGCUCGCCAGGCGCUCCGCACAGGCCAAGGAGGAGCGCGGCGAGGACGGUGCGGCCAAGAAGGCGGCGCGCCUGGCGGCGAACAAGACGCGCACCAUCGAGAACACGCGCGACUUUAACCCGACCAUCAUCAACGCGCCCAACACGCACGAAGGUCCUGGUCCGAGCAAUCUUGGAAAGAAGAAGGCGGAUGAGGCGGAUGACAGCAACGAGGACGACGAGGAGGGUGAUGUGGAGGAGGAGGUGCAGGAGCAGGAGGCAGCGGAAGAGAUCGAUGAUGACGAGGACCCGAGCGCCCCACCGGCGAUCUUGAUCACCACGUCGAUGCCGUCUUCGUCCACAUCGCCGCACCUCGAGUCGCUCAACGCACGCUCGCAUCCGUCGGAGCGCACGCGCGAGUUUGUCGACGAGCUGCUCUCCGUCUUCCCCGGUGCCGAGUACCGACCGCGCGCGAAAGCUCAGGGGGUGGGGCUCGGCAAGAUCUGCGGGUGGGCGCGUGAGCGUCGGUACGAUGCGGUGCUCGUCGUGGGCGAGUCGCGCAAGGAGCCGUUUGCGCUCACCGUGAUCCAGCUGCCGCACGGGCCCACGGCGUUCUUCCGGCUCACGUCGAUCAGCACGGGCGCCGAGAUCUACGCCAAGGCACGCCCAACGCCGCACACGCCCGAGCUCAUCCUCAACAACUUCACCACCGUGCUCGGCCACCGCGUCGGCAAGGUGAUGCAGGGCCUCUUCCCCAAGAUCCCCCAGCUCGAGGGAAGGCAGGUGGUCACGUGCCACAACCAGCGCGACUACAUCUUCUUCCGCCGUCACCGCUACAUGUUCAAGAGCGACUCCAAGACCGCGCUGCAGGAGAUCGGGCCGCGGUUCACGCUUAAGCUCCACAGCCUCAAGGAGAGCCUGCCCAAGGGCGCGGGCGUGUGGGAUGGAAAGUACACGGCAGAAUAUGCCGAACUUGAACCCGAGGAGCUCGAGGCGAUGCAGAGUGCAGAUGCCGACGCAGAGGCAGAGGCGGCUGCACAUGACGAGGCGGGGCAACAGCACGGCAGCAGCACAGGCAACGACCCGCAAGCGCAAACAGCAUCAGCCUCGUCGAAGAAGAAGCGCCAGCGUGGAGAAGAAGACACCACCGGCCUCGACUUCCAGUGGCGGCCCAAGAUGUCGGUCUCGCGCCGCAACUUUUACCUCUAA